GCUAGUCAUCAGCUGUCAAACUGGGGACUUAACUUGUAAGACCCCCCAUACGCGAAUGCAGCUACCGGCGGCAUGCGGCAUGGAAUUACUACAUUCAGGUUCAUGAUCUGUGACUCGCCAAUUGAAUUCUACGCAAUGGUCAGAUGCCACUGUUAGCCGCACCACCGUAACCCCCGCUAGCCAGAUAUGGCUGGAUAUAUUGAAAGUAUACUGUCAUGGCAGUGACAUCGAAAGGCGCGCAGCUGCUCUACAUUAGCUGGUAUUUUUCUCACAAAGUACACAUCAAAUUGCUCGGACAAAUGUACCGAACAAUUAAUUGACAUUAUGCCGUAUCUCGGCUCCGAUACGACGACUCACAUCUGUUAGGUUGUGGGAUCUAGAAUGAUGUAUGAGUAACACGGUAUCUAAGUAUAAGAGGCAGAGAAACCACCACAAUACAGGCAUCACUACCAAAUACAACCAAACUCAUUACUAUCUUCCGCAGCAUCAACAACAACACCAGUCACAAUGGGUCGAUUCGAUCUCGAAUAUCCCAAAGAGGCCAUCAACACCGUCAAACGUGAAAACGAUCGCGGUGUUUAUGCCCUAAAGACAAUCCACCACAUCAUCAACACUUGCCAGAUCCUUCAUGUCUCUUUCAACACACCCACCCAAUCAUUCCCCGUCAUCCUCCCAAUGAUCGGCCAGAUGGGCUCAUAUGACCGACCCAGCGCAGACAUUGGUGACCCUCUGGACCUCUAUCUUCACGGAUAUGUGUCAAGCCGCAUCAUGAACUUGGGCCGCAGCGCCAGUGACGAGAAGGGCAUGCCCGUUUGUGUGGCUGCAUCCCAUGUUGAUGGGCUGGUUUUGGCUUUGUCUACCUUCCACCAUAGUUACAACUAUCGCUCUACGGUGCUCUUCGGUCAUGCGGUCCUCGUAGAGGACGACGAGGAGAGGAUGUAUGCCAUGGAGCUCAUCACCAAUAGUGUGGUGCCGGAUCGUUGGCGACACACCCGUCUCCCGCCGACCAAAGCUGAGCUCCAAAGCACUGGUAUACUCAAGGUCAAGAUCGCAUCGGGAAGUGCCAAAAUCAACACCGGUAGUCCCAGUGACGACAAAAAAGACAUGGAGGACGAGUCGAUCAAGGACCAAGUCUGGACAGGCGUCUUGCCUAUUCACGCAACCAUGGGUGAGCCAGUGCCUGGCCCUUAUAAUAGGGUUGGCGUGCCAGACCACAUUGCUGAAUUCUCCAAGGAUUUCAAUGAGGACAACCAGAAGUAUGCGUUGAAUGCCGCAAGGGACCCCAAAAAGUAGGCUGAUAUAGUGGUCAAUGCAAAUGUCUAGUAUAUGAUACAUCCAGCAACAUGUUAUACCUAAACAGGCAUCUAAGUAGAAAUAUACACAAUGAUACGAAAUAUGUGCAAUCAGAAUAUAUCCAACAUAGCGGUAUGUCUACCACUGCUCCCAGAUCAUUCCAGGGAGCACAGAUCGCAUGAUCUUCCAGUGUCCAGCAGCGCUGUCCUGAUGCCACUUGGUAACCUUGCUUGUUUCGUUCUUGUUGAGGACAUCCGUAGCCUCAUCUUCAAGGAAGACCUGCUCCUUGAUCUCAUACUUGGGCAGUAGCAAAGCCUGACGAACUUGGCUUCGGAGAAAAUCCUUUUGCUUGGGAUUGCGGA